UCCUCAGUGCAGGAUAACGAAACAGUCACCUCCUUCACCUUCUCUGCAAAACAAAUCAUUUUUGUUAGAGUGUAACACAACAUUGGCUCCGCUGCUGUUACCCUGUUUACUUAACGACAUUUGAAGAGGACUACGCAAUUAAACGUGAAGUUUUGAGGAGAUCUCUGGACAAUCAUCAUCACCACUGCUGACCAUGGAUGUGAUCGUGCGUCGCUGCCCCUUCCUGGCUCGUGUGCCCCAGGCCUUCUUCCAGCAGCCCAAAAAGUCUAUGGUGUCGUACGCCCAGAAAUGCCCCAUCAUGAUGGAGCUGGCCGCUAAACCUAUGGCUCCAUCAAUGGCACGGGCCCUCUGCUCCUCCUCCUCCCACCAGAGGACUGAGGACGCCAUGUCUGCCACUGAAGGCCCCAAACAGGUACAGGAGCCCAAGCUGCCAAGUGGCCACCCCAUGCCAGCAUCAGGUCAGGCGGCCUCCAAGUGCCCCUUCCUUGCGGCUGAGAUGGGCCAGAAGAACAGCAAUGUGGUCCGCCAGGUCGGCAUGGAGUACCAGGAGGACGUUCAGGAAGUCCGCACGGUCCAGAAAGAAGUGUCCGCCGCCCAGUUGAAGAAGCCGUCCCUGACCAGUACCAUUAAGGGAAGUGGGGAUCUAAUGAAGACCCUCCUGAAACAGAGACCUAAAGGUGUCUCUCACUUGCUGCAGGAGAACUUGGCAGGCAGUAUGUCCCGCUACCAGUAUGAUGAAUUUUUCGAGAAGAAGAUAGAAGAGAAGAAGAGUGACCACACAUACCGUGUGUUCAAGACCGUGAAUCGUCUGGCCAGCGAUUUCCCCAUGGCUGAGGACUUCACUGGCUCUUUAGACGACAAGAAGGAGGUUUCCGUUUGGUGCAGCAACGACUACCUGGGCAUGAGUCGACACCCACGGGUCGUGCAAUCAAUUACGGAUACUUUACGAAAGCAUGGUUCCGGGGCAGGAGGCACCAGGAACAUCUCUGGGACCAGUAAAUUCCACGUGGAACUGGAAAGUGAACUGGCUGACCUUCACAAUAAGGACGCUGCGCUGCUCUUCACCUCCUGCUUUGUCGCCAAUGACUCCACCCUCUUUACCCUCGCCAAGAUGCUACCUGGUUGUGAGAUCUACUCCGAUGCGGGCAACCACGCCUCAAUGAUCCAGGGUAUCAAGAACAGCGGUGCUAAGAAGUUCAUUUUCCGCCACAAUGACGUCGCCCAUCUUCGAGAGCUUCUACAGAAGGGAGACCCCACUAAACCGAAGAUCGUUGCCUUUGAGACCGUCCAUUCCAUGGAUGGUGCUGUGUGUUCGCUGGAGGAGAUGUGCGAUGCGUCCCAUGAGUUUGGAGCCAUCACCUUCGUGGACGAGGUGCACGCUGUGGGCCUGUACGGCUCCAGGGGGGGCGGCAUCGGAGACCGGGAUGGCGUCAUGCACAAGAUGGAUAUCAUCUCAGGGACACUAGGAAAGGCAUUCGGGUGCGUGGGCGGCUACAUCGCGAGCACAGCAGCUCUGGUGGACACGGUGCGUUCCUACGCUGCUGGUUUCAUCUUCACCACCUCUCUGCCGCCGAUGCUGUUGCACGGAGCCAGGACCUCCAUCCAGGUCCUGAAAGGGGAAGAGGGUCGCGCGCUGAGACGCAAACACCAGCGCAACGUCAAGCUGCUCCGACAGAUGCUGAUGGACUCGGGGCUGCCGGUGGUGCACUGCCCCAGUCACAUCCUCCCUGUCCGGGUGUCAGAUGCAGAGAAGAACUCAGAGGUGUGUGACCUCAUGAUGAGUCGCCACAACAUCUACGUGCAGGCCAUCAACUAUCCCACUGUUGCCAGGGGAGAAGAGCUCCUGCGUAUCGCCCCGACUCCUCACCACACCCCUGAGAUGAUGAAAUACUUUGUUGAGAAGCUGGUGCACACAUGGAAGGAUGUGGGCCUGAGUCUGAAGCCCCACUCCUCAGCAGAGUGCACGUUCUGCCAGCAGCCGCUGCACUUCGAGAUGAUGAGCGAUCGUGAAAAGUCUUACUUCAGCGGCCUCAGCCAUCCCAUCUCAGCCUGCGCAUAACACUACUCACAACGGCUGGCUAUAGACGGCAAAUACACACUCAACAGCCAUUCCUCUAUCACUGUCAUAGAUUGUAUUAAUUAUCUUUGAUAAGUCCUCCUACACAUAUUAUUUAAAAUAUUCUACGUCAGAUGUUCUAUAUGCUCAGAAUAAAAUAUGAGAUGAAAAAAA